AAAUUUCCAUUGAAGCUCAGAUGAAAACGUCUUCUUCUUCUUCAUCAUCAUCAUCAACAACAGAUCCAACCCCUUUCCCUUCCAACCUCCGAAACUCCAAAAAUGUCAUCAACCCAACAGCCAUCGUCAUCUCCAUCAUCAAAAAAACAAACCCUUUUCAUAACAUCACUUAUAGUCCUAUGGUACUCCUCAAACAUUGGAGUCCUUCUCUUAAACAAAUACUUACUUUCAAACUAUGGUUUCAAAUUCCCAAUCUUUUUAACAAUGUGUCACAUGUCAGCUUGUGCUUUUCUCAGUUACAUCUCCAUUGUCUUCAUGAAACUUGCCCCUCUCCAACCAAUCAAAUCCCAACCUCAGCUCCUAAAGAUUGCAACCUUAAGUGUCGUCUUUUGCUGUUCAGUUGUUGGAGGUAACAUUUCUUUAAGGUACCUCCCCGUGUCUUUCAACCAGGCUGUUGGUGCUACCACUCCCUUUUUCACUGCCUUGUUUGCUUACUUGAUGACUUUCAAGAGGGAAGCUUGGGUUACUUACGGUGCUCUUGUUCCUGUUGUUGCUGGGGUUGUCAUUGCUAGUGGGGGUGAACCAGGUUUUCACUGGUUUGGAUUCAUUAUGUGCAUAAGUGCAACUGCUGCAAGGGCCUUCAAGUCUGUUCUCCAGGGCAUCCUGCUUUCAUCAGAAGGGGAAAAGUUGAAUUCAAUGAAUUUGCUACUCUAUAUGUCCCCAAUUGCAGUUCUAGUUUUAGUGCCUGCAGCACUUGUAAUGGAGCCCAAUGUGUUAGAAGUCACCUUAUCACUUGGAAGACAACAUAGAUACAUGUGGCUGCUUCUUCUCGUUAAUUCAACAAUGGCAUAUUCAGCUAAUUUGUCAAACUUCUUGGUGACUAAACAUACAAGUGCAUUAACACUCCAGGUAUUAGGCAAUGCAAAAGGUGCUGUGGCUGUUGUUAUCUCAAUACUUCUGUUCAGAAAUCCUGUCACAGUUGUGGGCAUUGCUGGUUAUACAAUGACUGUCCUUGGCGUUGUUGCGUAUGGAGAAGCGAAGCGUAGGUGUAGAUAAAUGAUUCAUCUCAUUUACCAAUUUUCUGUUUAUUUUGGUUUCUAUGAAGAGCAUACUGAAGUUAAUGGGGUAGAUUCUUGGUGAAUAGUAUUGAGCAGAGAGAGAGAGGGAGAGAGAUUCUAAUUGAUCUAAGGGAGUUAUUUUUGUGGUAUAUACAGGCAUAUUUUCCCUUUGUAUUGGAUGCUAUUGUUCUCUUUUCUUGUUUAUUUGGAAGACCUUGUGCCCUAUUUUAGCUUCAUCUA